AAUACAAAUUGGUGUCGUUAGGGCUGUCAGUACGUUACAUAGGAGCUACCAGGCAGGACAACGCAAGUUGGACCGAACUAACUCCUCGAAGGAAACGACUAUCGUAUGCCUUGUAGCUCUAUUCCGAAUCAUCCUUGAACCAUGGCGCAGUGGUCUGCGUCAGAAGACGAACAGCUGCGGAAGCUGGUAAAGGAGUAUGGGCCAAAGAGGUGGAGCAUUAUCGCAGCUAAGCUAAAGACCAAGGGCAGCAAACAGUGCCGCCGCCGCUGGAAGAACCACCUGAAUGCAGACUUGAAGUCUGGGGGCUGGUCAGCUGAUGAGGACCGCAUUCUUAUGGAGGGCCAUCGGCUCUACGGCAAUAAGUGGACAGAAAUAGCAAAGAUGGUAGGAGGACGGACGGACAACGCUGUGAAGAACAGGUAUGCAGCGCUGUGCAAGCGUGACAUGCGUGGCGGCGGCCAACGGGCACCCGCUGGGGGCGGCGCUCGGCGAGGUGCCCGCAAGGCACGAACCUACGACUCAGACGCGGCCAGUGACAUUGACCCAGAUGAGGACUCGGAAGAAAACGAGGACAUUAAACGCUCGUCCUCGUCCUCCUCUAGUCGUGAGCCCAGCCCUCCGCCGCGGCGUACCAGGGCCCAGGCGCAGCACCACGCGGCCGGGGCUGCAGCGGACAGCGGAGCAGCAGCAGCAGCAGCGGGACGCAGCGCUGGAGGUGCCGCCAGCCCUCCUCGUGCCGUUGCAGCGGCUGCGGCAGCGGUGGAGCCAGCAGCGGGCUCCAGCGCGGGUCGGAGUGCUGUUCUGGGUCGCCGACGGACUAUGGCCAGCAGCGGAGGCGCAGGUGGAGGCAGCCCGCCGCUGCAGCCUGAGUUGGACGUGGCAGCCGCGCCGUCGAAGCGCAGAGCUGUUUCGUACGGUGGCGGAGGGUCGGUUGGCGGUGCUGCGGCCGGCGGAGCAGUUGGUCGGCUGCUGACGGCGCCGGCGUCGCCACGCACACCCCGGCUGCUGGAUCCGCCUCAGGAGUUUGCAGCUCCGCAACACAACCAGCAGCAGCAGCGGCCGGGGAUACAAGCAGGGCGUAUCGGCUUCUCGGACUUGCAACAGGGCAUGGGCACGCGGGAAGGCAGUGAGGAUGCCGGCGUAAGAGGCGGCAGCUGCGGAGGUGCGGGCCCUGCUUGCGCGCUACCAAAGAAGCUCCCGCUCACAAUCAACAUCCCCAACGCUGCCAGUGCGGAACCAGCUGCUCAGCCGCCCCUGGCUUCUGCAACAGCACAGUUGUACGGCAUUGAGAUUCGGGUGCUGAAGGACCUCCUUACACCAUGCGAAAUCCAAUACGCCCGGGAGCUGAACGACAUGCAGCUGCCGCUCCACAUCAACCUGGACGACGACCCGGCCGCCCUGCAGAACCGCAACUCGGGCCCCAUGACCGGCUGCUUGCUAGGCGCCGGCAGCGAGCCACCCCUCACCACCAGCCGUCUAGCAGCCCAGAACGCAGUCUCCGCACUCAUGUCCCCAGGUACCUCCGGCUGCGGCGGCCUAGGUGACUUCAACGACGUCCUGAAGUGGUUCCAGACAGGCCUUACGCCCCGUGGUCCCUGCGCUGAUGACGGCACACCGCGGUUAUUGAGCCGCCUAGGACUUACGCCAUGCGGUCUCGGGAGCAGCAUUCGUGGCGGGCGAGGAGGCGAGGAGGAGGGGCGCAUGCUGGGCACCGGCCUCACGCCGCGCUUCCUCAUAGAUGGCGGCAGCCCCUUGAGCCGCGGCGGCGCUGGCGGCCCGAGCAGCUUACUAUCGCCGCCGCUGGCGGAUGGAAUGCCGUCACGCCGCAUGCGACGGCAAAUCGCGGUCGCAGCCGCUGUUGCGGCUUCCGCUUCCACGGGUCCGGGACCGAGUCCUUCGCCGCUGCCGCCAUCACAGCAGCAGCAACUGGAGGACUGCAGGCCGCCGCCAUGCGGUGCGGGUUGCAGCACCACACCAGGACCUGGGAUGGGGCUGGCGGGGGGGCUCUCCAUGACGUCGCCUAUGGGCAUGGAGCUACAUGCGGGGCACCGGCAGCUGCUCACGAAGCUCAUACAGAGCGCCGCAGCGGCAGAAGGGAGCGUUCCAGGGGCCAGCGGCGCGGCGGGCGGUGGUUGCAACGGCGUUGGAGGCUCAACUUCGACGCAGCAGCGGUUAGACUGCAGCGGGCUCAGAAUCCUUCCUCCGUCUCCCACCGGCUUCGCCACAACGACUGGCAGCACGCCCCCAGAGUUCCAGCUCCAGGGUGGGCUAGCCGGGCAGGGCCAUGCAAACGCAUGCAGCACCGCAGGCGGUGAGGCCGGCCAGCAGUCGUAUGUGGGCGGGGUGGUGGUGACGCCUUACUUCUCCCAGCAGGAGCUGCUGAUGCUGUUGGAGGUGCUUACCUCGGAUGACCUGCAAGCGUUACCGCCGCCGCCCCAAGGGCAAACACCACAGCAAGAGGAGUAGGAGCAGAAGCAGUAAGGGCGGCCUGGCUGCAACGGCUGCUGAGGACGCGGCUGGGGUAUGAGAUGCCACGUCUUGGGUUACCAUCAGGCGCAUUGUCCGGACCUGCCGACUUGGCGUUGAGCUGCAAGGCACGUGAGCCCUAUUGGCACCAUUCUAGUUGUCAUGUUUCCAUUCUGGGUGCUUAUGUGCUCGUCCUUUGUGCGGACGCGUACCAUGCCCGCUUUCAGCUUCAUAUGUACAUGGGGGCUUGCAUGCAUGGGCGGCAUUGCGGGACAAUCGUGAUGAAUGUAUUGAUCUAGAGCCUUCAAGAGGCUUCAUCUUUGUACAGCCGGGGACGUGCUCAGGACCUAUGGAUGGCUUACAUGGGCUGCCAUUGCGUAGAUUGCCGAGUGUCUCCUGGGUCUAUGGCAGCCCGGAGCAGGACUCCGGGCCAGGUGCCCGUGCCUCGUCUUAAGUUGCUGUUUGGUAUCCGGCAUGCCUGUAUGCCGGUGACCACAAGGCAGAGUGCAGUGGUUAUUCUGGCCUGGUCCUCGCCGCUUGCAGAGCCUCUGGAAAUCCUCACGUUGUGUGCCCAUGGUCCUGGUCCUUGUACAUGUGGUUUAUCCUUUUGACGUGACUGGUUAACAGUCGUUGUCACUGAUCGGCGAAGAGGAAAUAAAAAAUUGAGUACGUACUGUAGCUAUGUUGGGGUCGUACAUAAGGCCUGUCAUGUGACUCCUUGCAUCCCUGUCGUGUGACAUGCAUACCUGGCGCGGGGCCAACGUAUGCUCCCGCACAUCGCCUGCAACAGGCGUCUCUUAUGUAUCUUUUCGUAUAUCAAUGGCUUGCGUGUGUGUUUUGGUGUCGUCUUGCCGCUGUGAUACGUGUUCUGGGACCCUCUGGCGACCAACGCGGCAUACGGCAGAAGGUGUGGCGACAGUCUAUUGACCGCAGAGAGACGUGUUGGACCGUAAGUAAGCUGUUUGAUUGCGCAUUGUGUGGGGCUCUCGCCUGUCUGCCACAGCGGUGGGUAUGGGCCAGACGGCCAGGGCUUUCCGUACCUUACAGUGUCUUGGUACUGUCAUGGGAUAAUCUCCUUGCGUUGUCCGCUAGGAGACAGCAAUGUAUGUUGGAUUAUACUACUCUCAUGUUUUGGAGUUGGUUAUGGACGCAGGUGGAUGCGAACAUAGGUGUGGGGGGGCUAGGUCAUGGAAUUAGUUGGAUGGGGUGGUGACUGCCUUCAUGUAUAGAGGUCUAAUGCUAACAUGGUUAACUAUAUCAUCUUGCUUCUCUUGUAUUUAUGUAUUCUCCCAACAUGUAAAAACUUGACUCUCUCUGGAAACACCGUAAAACAGUAGGGUUCGCAACACAACACGCGCGCAGCGAUUGUCAAGCUUGAUGACCAAUAUGCUUUUACAAGCUCCGAUGACUCGGCCGAGGUUGUGUUGUGAAAGGAAAGCUUCGGGACGUGUAUUAGCGCAGCAGCGCAUUUACAUCCAUACCACCAAAACAAAUUCAGCGGCCGUCUCCGUCCAAUUGCAGUCCAGGAAGCGCUUAGUUACGAGAAAAGCACCAUUAGUCCUGUGCCGUGCAGAAGAGUCGCAACCGCUUUCACUGGUCAACACCAUCUCAAUCCUCUCUAAGGCUUCGCAAAUAUGGGACAAGUAUGAUGAGGAUCGCGAUGGGUCGCUGUCUAUGGAGGAAUGCGAGGCCGUCUUCAGCUCACCGGAGUUCCGCCAGGCGGUUGAGAUGCUGACUAAUGUGCCGUACACUCCGUACACCGCUGCUGAUCUGAAACCCCAUUUCCGCCGUGCCGACCACGACGGCAGCGGCUCGCUGUCUCGCUCCGAGUUCCUGGCUCUCUACCUGGCGCUGGCGACCGAGCGAGUCAAGAAGAACCCGCUGCUGCUGGCGGAGGCGCUGCUCGGCUUCCUGGACCGAGACCGCAACGGGGUGCUGGAGGGUGAUGAACUGAAGGCGCUGCUAGCCAUUCUGGGCUUCGCACCCGCCCUGCUGCUACCCAUCCCGGGCUUUGUCAAGAUUGAAUACAAGGCAAUAUUGCGGGGGUUGCGAGGCGGCGAGGAGGGAGGGAAUUGAGAGAGCUGGAGGGCUGGGGGAAUGAUGUUGUGGGAAGGGGAGCGGUGUUGGGUUUGUGGGCGUGCGAUGGUGAAAGGACGUCGGUAGUAGGUGGGUUGUGGAGGGCAGUUAUGUGAGAGCCUCUCACUGAGAGGGAUCGGGCUCUAGGCGUCUAGCUGGGAGGGAAAGCAACAUAGCGCUUUCUGAUUGCACUAACGCCCCCCAUGCAAACGAACGCACCCGCGCUCACUCACCUUCGCUGCUGUAAACCUACCACUUCACUUGUCUGCUCCGAACCCGCUAGGUUUAGGAGCACUCCCA